AUGGCCUCGAGCGGCGGCGGCGCUGCUGAGCCGGCCUCCAGCCCCGCCGACUACGAGCUCUACGAGCUCGUCGUCCACGGCCACGGCUGGCGCUACGAGCAGCGGCUCGCGCCCACAGACUUUGCCGCCGCACUCGCCGCCGACGAGCCCGCCUCGCCCGCCGCCGCCGCCGCGUCGGCGGCGGCCGGUGAGACUGGCAGCGGCGGCUGGCUGACGGUGCGCGAGCUGGCGGUGGGCGAGGAGCUGCCGCCAUCGGACACCGGUGGCGCAGACUCUGCGAGGGCGGCCGCGGAGGCUGGCGGCAGCGCUGCCGAUGCCGCCGGAGCGACGGAGACGCGGCGGCUGGACGCGGCCAAGGCGCAGGAGCUGGCGCGCUCGGCGGUGGCGCUGGCGGGUCGCGUGUGGGAGUCGCCCGCCGUCUCGCUCGCCUUUGAGCUCGCCCAGCAGGCGCUCUGCUGGCCGGCGGGAGGCGCGCCCGAGCUGCUGCCCCGCUGGUCGGCGCUGGAGCGGAGGCUGCCGUACGCGCAAGAGGCGCUGCUGCGCGAGGCGCUGCGCUGGCGGAUCGCCCACUCCCCCUCGGGCGGGCUGCUCGCCGUCUGGCAGUCGUCCGCGCUGCUGCUCCUCUCGCACCGCGACGCGUUUGCCGCCCCCGUCGGCCUGUGGCGCUGCGAGCCGCAUGGAGAGCUGCAGCACCGCCGGCUGCUGCAGUGGAGCGGCGACGGCGCGCUGCUCGUCGCCGCCGCGCCCGACGGCACGGUCGCCGUCUUCGACGCCCGCCUCCGCCUCCUCCACACCCUGACCCACGCCUGGAGCGGCAGGUCGGCGGGCGGGGUGCUGGGCGGGGCGGAGGGCUCUCACCCGUCCGAGCUGCUCCUCCUCUCCGCCGCCGGCUUCCUCCACCGCGUUCUGCUGCCCGCCGCCGCCGCCGAGCAGCCGCGCCACGCAACACCGCGUCACGCCGCGCCGCCGCUCUCCCUCGCGCCCGCCCACCACGGUUUCGUCACCUCCCUCGCCUACGCCGACCUCGGCGGUAGCGGCGGCGGCGUCGGCAUCCUGGCCGUCGGCGGCGGCGGAGCGCCUCCCUCCAAGGCUGCGGCGCUGGUGCUGGCCAAGGCAGAGGCGGCAGCGGGCGGCGGAGAUGGGCCUAGAGAGGGGCGGCCGCUGCCCUCGCUCUCGCUCUGGGCAAUCACCGACGAGGCGCCGCACGCGCGCCUCCUCUUCGCGACGACGGCGGAACCGCCUCGCGCCUCCCGCGCCGCCGCCGUCGCCGCCGCGCCGCUCGCCGCGUUGCGCCGCGCCCGUGCCGCCGCCUCCGGCUCGGGCGUGCCGCACUGCCUCGCCCUCUCGGACGGCGGCCACAAGCUCGCGGCCCUCUGCCUAAUUAGCGGCCUCUCCGUGUGGCAGCUCACCCCGCUCCACACCGCCGCAGCCAUGGGGGCCGCCGCCGCAGCCGCCGCCGUCCGGCGUGUGCCCGAGGCGCCGGCGCUCUUCUCUGGCGGCGGCGCGGGCUCUCCGUCGCAGUGGCUGGCGGUGCACUGGUGGGGCCGCGCCGCCCUCGUGCUCGCCCAGCGCGACGGCGCGGUCUCCGUCUCGUCGAUCGGCUCGAGCGGUUUGCGCGAGCUGCUCGGGGAGCGGCCCGAGUCUUUCCCGCCGCUGCCGCUUCUCUCUGCGCCUCGCGGCGACCCCCCUUCCUUCUUCGUCCUCACCCGCGAGGCGCACGCGGCGCUCUUCAAGCGCAAGGUCGACCUCGGCGAGUACGGCGACGCGCUCACGUGGGCCCGCGCCUACGGCUUCUGCGCCGACGGG